AUGGCUAGAAAAAAGACUGAGACUCCAACUGAAUCCUCAAAGGAGAUCAAAGGCAGAGGAAAAUUUACCAGAGCCAAUAAAUGCAUGAAAACAAGUACUAAGAAAGUCCAUGACACUGGUAAUUUUCACAUUAUUCUUACCAAGGAGGACAGAUUUGUAUUGUUUUUUAGUGUUCUUAUCAAGGAUUUGUUGGCAGGAAAGAAUAAUAGUAAAAGUGAGAAGAAGAAGUCCUCUUCUGAUUCUCCAGACGAGUCUCCAUCCUUUCAAGUUCGAAGCUGUGUAAAUACCAAAGACGGAGGAGGUCAACAAGUACCUGUCCUUGAUCUCCAUUCGGUUGAACGACCUUCUGGGAAAAUGAAGUUGCAGCUCUUUCCUGUGGAUGUUCAUACCCGUGAAGGGUUAGAAAAGGUAAAGUCGACCAUAAGACAUGGACUAAGUAUUCAUUUUGGUGGAUGUUUUUCUAACUUUGUUUAUUUUUUGAAACUUUGUAAGGAUGGCUUUCACCCGUAUUUGGAACUCACUCUUAGCUCACGGAAGAAGGUUUCUUCAGUGCUUCAACACAUUCAAAGUAAGUGGGGAAGCUCAGAGAUCACUCGGGGAGAUCCCACCUUGUACCCAUAUGAUCAAUCGAGACUCCCUUCUGGUCCUAAAUGGACAGCAAACAGCAGCAUUACGAUAAGGGAUGUCUAUGUAGCUAUUGGAGCUCCAUCCCUAUUCCGCUUAAGGUUUGCAUCAGUAUAUAGCUUUCAACUCAACUUUUAUAAGCAAAGCCGCGUCUUACGAGUGUUUAUUUCGUUUAGGUAUGGAUGGUCCUCUGGGACUUGUAAUAAAACAGAUGAACCUCCGUCUCCAUCAACUCCUGGUAUCACUUGUUUUCCGAAUGUAGAGCCUCAAAACUUCAUUAGUAACAGAAGAGAGAGUGCCAGUAUGACGGGAAAGCAGAUGUUCGGUUUAGAUAACCUAAAUCAAGUGACUGACCGGCCUCUCUCUGAACACACUCCACCUGAUGGACAAGUCGAGUUAGCAGCGGAGAGGGAGAUAAAUAAUGGAUCUGGACCAACAUUUUUUCAAUGGGAUGAUGGUUUAACAAGCUUAAGUAUUGGCGGCUUACUUUCUGAAGUAUCUUUGAAGGGGAAAUUCGGGAACAACUCUAAAAAUCCAAACGCGACCCCAACUCUCUGGGACGAAAAUCUUACAAACAUAAGCAUUGGAGGUCUGUUUUCCGAGGCAUCUUUACAAGGGAGACGCGGUAAAGAAGAAUCAACUCAUAAUAAUAACAGUAAUCAGCCAAGUUUUAGCAUUGGAGCCUUUCUUUCUGAAGCAUCACGAGGAGAAGGGAGGUUUAGUGACGGUAACAAAACAUGGGAUGCAAGGGGAACUACCUCACAACAACCAUUACCUCUAAUCUCUGAUUCAUUAGAUGCUUUCUUCGUGAACCAAACAACAGGUCAGCCUAAAGCUCCACGUCAUGCACCUCCUCCUCCCGAGCUGUCACAUUCUUCUAUACUCGACGCAGAAGACACAUGCCAUGCAUUUUCAUUCCGAAAGCGUACUACAACCUCAGCCAAGGUUCUUGAGCAGGUAAGUGAAGAAACUGAGGCAGAGCAACAGAACGUUGAAUCGAAACCUGCAAAAGGGUUUGGUUCAGGGGUGUUUAAUCAGGACAGCAGCCUUGGAUUUUCAGGAAUCAAGUGGGCUGACUCACGAGGACCAUUUGAUUUUGGCUUAUCUUUGUCGUCCCGAAAGUUUUCAAACGGAGACAGCGUAAGCUUUGGUUCUGCGGUAAAAGAUCUGCAGGAAGUGGAACCUUCAGAAGAGAAAAUAAGGCUUCAAAAGCAUUGA